AUGUUGGCGUAUGGAGCAUCUUCUGAUCAGGUGGAUGAGAUUGCCUGGAUGGGGAAGUCCACUACGUUGGAGGCUUUGGUAAGAUUUUGUGAUGCAGUUGAAACUCUGUACACUAGGGAUUACCUGCGUAGACAUACUCCAAGGGACCUCCAACGGCUUAUACAAAAAGCCGGAGCUCGAGGAUUUCUAGGAAUGAUUGGUAGCAUCGACUGCAUGCACUGGCAAUGGAAGAAUUUCCCAACUGCCUUGCAAGGUGAUUACGGAAAUAGAAAAGACCAAAAAAGUAUCAUCCUUGAAGCCGUUGUUGGCUUCGACACAUGGGUUCGGCAUGCCUUCUUUGGAGUUUCCGGAUCCCAAAAUGACCUCAACGUGCUGGGUCAAUUCCCGGUGUUCAACGAUGUUUUGAGAGGCCAAGGCCCCAAUAUCACCUAUCAAGUCAACAAUACAGUCUACCAGACGGGGUAUUAUCUAUUUGACGGCAUCUACCCGAGGUGGACCACAUGUGUCAAAUCCAUUCCGAAUCCCCGAUCCCAGAAGCAAAAAUUAUUUGCUACCUAUCAAGAAGGAUACAGGAAAGAUGUCGAAAGGUGUUUUGGCAUCCUUCAAGCUCGGUGGUUGAUUAUUCGAGGUGCGGCCCCAUAUGUUUGA